AUGGGUGAAAAUAAGAAUAGGGAUGGCAGGGAGAGGCCGGACGUGUAUUUGCGUGGAGAAGAAGGGGGAGAUAAAGAGAGUGUUGAUGAGGGAAAGGGAGAAGAAGGGGGAGAGGAAGAUAGUGGCAAUGAGGGAGAGGGAGAGGGAGCGAAAUUGCAACUGACUGUGGAGUCGAGGGAGGAUAGGGAGGAGCUGGAGGCAGAGAGGAUUCGGUUGGAGAGAGAUAGGGAAGAGUUGAAGCGUCAGGAAUGCACGCUAAAAGAGAGAAGAAUCGAUAGAGAGGGAGAGAGAAGUAGUACGCAAGGAGGUGGAACUAAUGCUAAAAGUGAUGGAAGCCUUGAGGUUACAGAAGAAAGAGUUGAAUGA